GGGGGCAUGUGGGCGGGGCUGGAGGGCGGGGCCCGGGCAGGCGGCUGGGAGAGCUCAGCGCCCCCGGGCGCAAGUCUAGUCGCGGAGGCGCACCAGCGGACGCAUCUCGGAGCAACAUGGCUGACAGCAAGGCCAAGCCUGCCAAAGCUGCCAACAAGACACCACCCAAGUCCCCAGGAGAACCAGCCAAGGACAAGGCUGCUAAGAGGUUGUCACUGGAGUCAGAGGGUGCCAAUGAGGGGGCGGCUGCGGCCCCUGAGCUCAGUGCCCUGGAGGAGGCCUUCCGGCGGUUCGCGGUACAUGGUGACACCAGGGCAACAGGAAAGGAGAUGCAUGGCAAGAACUGGUCGAAGCUGUGCAAGGACUGCCACGUGAUCGAUGGGAAGAACGUGACCGUCACGGAUGUGGACAUUGUCUUCAGCAAGAUCAAAGGGAAGUCUUGCAGGACCAUCACUUUUGAGCAAUUCCAGGAGGCGCUGGAGGAGCUGGCCAAGAAGCGGUUCAAGGAUAAGAGCAGCGAGGAGGCUGUGCGUGAGGUGCACCGGCUCAUUGAGGGGCGAUCCCCAGUCAUCUCUGGUGUCACGAAAGCUGUGUCCUCACCUACGGUGUCACGGCUCACAGACACAACCAAGUUCACAGGCUCCCACAAAGAGCGCUUUGACCAAUCAGGAAAGGGCAAGGGCAAAGCUGGCCGUGUGGACCUGGUGGAUGAGUCAGGCUACGUGCCGGGCUACAAGCACGCAGGCACCUAUGACCAGAAGGUGCAGGGGGGCAAGUAGCCUUACAGGCCCAAGCUCUGGACACUGCGGGUGCCCGGCACAGGACUUACACCCAUUGCACUUCAUUACAUUCCUAUGUUCAGCUGGGCAGAACUCAGAACGCACCUCCACUAGGCAACGGUGGGGGCGAUGCCCAGACCUCCUCCUGCUGGGUGCUUUGACACUUCUCUCUCAGACCCCAGGUUUGGGCCAUGAUUCAUUGUCAUUUCCUAACAUACCUGCCCUGUCCACAGCUGGGAAAUGGACUGCUAUUUCCAAACUGUCUCCUAGGAUCAUACCACACUGGCCACUUGACCUGCAGGUAAAAAGGGUUAUUUGAGCAUUGGUAGGCGUAAGGAUGAGCAGAGCAGACAUCAGGACUCACACUGACCUUAUCCAGGCUCUUCUCAGGGCAGUAGGAGCUAAGGAACUAACCAACUGCAUAGAGUAAUCCUGAACAGGCCCCUUCAUCCUUCCUGACCACAGGACAUGACCGAGGCUACCUGGUUGUUGUGCCGCAGUGUGUGUGGAACAGCUCACAUCAGUACACAUGGACACACAAGCACACACGCACGCACACCAACCAAGUCUGUGCUGAGUGGCCAAGAGACAACGGGAGCCCCCUGGGGGCCAGGGGAGUGACUUGCAGCAUGAAGCUGGAAGUUUUGUCAGUGCUGUUCUAAGAAAUGACAAGACUUUGUGCUUGGUCUCAAGAGUGGUCCAGGAAGACCUAGGAAGUUGCCUUGACUUUCGCCUUGCCCUGACCCAUCACCAGAUUGGGACAUACAUGAUGCUGAGAUAUUUGGUCCAGACCAGACCUGGGCAGUUGUUCCACCGGUGUGAGAUGGGAGCUUUUGCCAGGGCAAGUUAUGCUGUGCUCUGCUCAAAAGUGUGUGUCUUCAGCUCUAUGAAGCCACCUCUGGGUUCAGUUUCCCUAACUUUUCUCUCGAGGACAAGUACAGGGCACUGGAUGCCACAACUAGCUCCCCCCUGCCAAACUCUUGCAGCAUCUACUAGGGUUUCUUUUUCGGCCACAGGAGAACACAUGACUCUCAAUGUGUGAAGAUGCCACUUAGGCAGGUCCAAAGGCAUGUGCCACCAUCAUCACAGCCCCACAGCUAGGAGAACACAUGACUCUCGAUGUGUGAAGAUGCCACUUAGGCAGGUCCAAAGGCAUGUGCCACCAUCAUCACAGCCCCACAGCAACCACUCUUUUGCAUUAACACAGUCCUACCCUUGCAUGCAACUUGCUGGACUAUGUGGUCAUUCUCUAGAAAGAGCCCACAGUGGUCUCAGGACACGGCUCCCAGAACAGGUGGUUGUUGAAGGUGGGACAUCCUACGUGACUUGGCAGAGCACAAGUAGACAGCAAAGCUGCUUUCCUCACUGCCAUGGCACACGGUCACAUUACCCCUGCCUCCGGGGCGCAGAGAGCAUGCCUUCACUGCAGCUUGAGGGAAGACUGCCUACUAGCCUGAGAGGAAAAGCAGGGACCCCAAUACCAGACCUCCCACAAGGCACUCUGAAGGUCCAAGGUUAUGGGGUCCCUCAACACAGUCACAAAUGGAGGCUGGAGAUAGUCUAGCAGUCAGCUUCUUCCCAGGUUUCUGGGGGCCUGCAGUACCUGGCAUUAAAAACCAAGCAGUGGAGCCUCGGUUCUAGAUCUGACCUCGCUGGUCUGGGGAAACGAAAGGGCACUGGCACUUCCCACACCCUCCUUCAGCACCCCUAGCCCCCAUGUGGCUGGCAGCCUCUGUCUGAUGCUACUCUUUUCUACUGCUUAUUAACAGCCCAGUUGCCACCAUCACAGCUGAGUGAAAUGGAACACACACAAAUCCAUCAGGUGGUGACUGCAUAUGGAGUAGGGCUGAGUGACAGGCUAGGGUGGUGUCUGAGGGUCUCCAUGCCAUGCAGUGGGGCAGAAGUUUCCCUGAUUCCGUAGUAGUCUGAGGAUCCUGGACACAGUCUCCCAAUCAAACAGCCGAGAUGCCAGACUGAUGUCCAGAUGAAGAUGUAGGCCAAGUGCAGGAUUGGCUGCCUAGCGCACCUAGGAAACAAUGCAAGUGUCCACCAUCACGGGGUCACCUAGCCUCAUGGAGAAGCUUCAUCAUAAACUGGCUGCCUCGCCCACGCGCUGGGGAUUGAACAGAACAGAGAGGCACGCACACACAGGUUCUGGGAAGUCGAGGACCAGAUCUGCUGUCUCAGCCCCCACAGGGGAAAUCCUCAGCAGAGCUUCAGAGAGCAUCUGGUCCAGAGUCCUGGACAGUUGUUCUGCUAGUGUGAGAUGGGAGCUUUUGCUCUAACACAACUUGGGCUCUGUAAAUGAAAAGUCGGUCACUGCCUUGCUGGUCCUCACUCUCCUAGCACAGAACCUAAGCACCUUUGGGUUCCUGAGGGACAGUCCUAGGCCUUCCCAUGUAGUCCUUUGGCAGCACCCAGAAUUAUGCCAGACAAGUGGUCUUCAUUGAGUCCCUUCUCACUCCCAGUUUCCUCACACAACCUUUCUUAGUCAGUGUUAAGUUUAACUUUGAGAACACACCCUCCCUCUAGAUGAUAUGCCAUCUAGCAAGGAAAGGGUGGUAACACUUAGAUCAUGAAGACUUAGUGUCUCCAUACUGUCAGUUUAAAGUGUCUAUGGAAUUCACUGUGGCAUCUGUGUACCCUCUCAACAUAGAAACUGACUGGACUCGGGCUCUGUUGCACAAAACAUGUGCAUUUCCCCCAGUUUCUGAUGUGAACACAGAGGCAGUGUUUGUCUCUGUUGCAUGUUUUAUGCGAUACCAAUUAGCUUUUACUAACCAUGGACAAAUAGAAUUCAUUAUCUGUGAAUAAAAAACCUGCAUAGCAUGCAAACUGAGAUCCAGGACCAUGUGCAACUAGGUGACAGACACACAAGAGACGGGGACAGGUUCUCUCAGGGGAUGACAACCAAGAGAUGACACGUUUUUGUUUUUGUUUUUCUGGAGGGGACACCCAGGAGACAGAUAUACAGUUGACACCCAGAAGAGAAAAAAAAACACAUUCUUAUCAGAGGAAGACACUCAGGAGACAAAGACAGGCUCUUUUAAGGUGUGACAGCAAGACAAUAAGGAGAGGUUCUGCCAGGGGCAACACUCAGGGACAUGGGUUGGAGUGACAGAGACAUUCUGCUGCAGGUGACACUCAGGGUAUGUUCUGUCAGAGAGAUGCUUGGACAUGUUCUGUUGGGUGUGACACUCAGGAACAUGCUCUGUGUGGGGUUUUAUAUACAGGGACAAAUUCUGUUGGAGGUGAGAUUCAGGAGAAAGGUACAGGUUGCAGGAAGAACAAUGCAGAUGGUAUUUUAAGUGUCAGGGAAGGAAGGCAGGCAGGUAGGAAGAGUGUUUGAGAACACUGAUUCUAGUAGAGUAUUUAUUUAUUUCUAUUUAAUGCUGUAAGAUAAGCAACUAGUUACCAAGAUCAAAUUACAUGUUUAAAUAUUGUGGAGAGAUCUAUAUUUAUACUGGAGUAUUUUUACACCUCUCAGUAUCCUAUCUUACACACGGGCAUAGGGACACUAUGACAGAUGGAGAUAGUUUUGAAUGGGCUGCAUGGCAGCUUCUGCCACUUUUCUGCAGUCUCUUCCAGGGAGAUGACAGGUACCUGCCCUGAGCCAAGACUCAACCUUCCCACUCCCGGAGUCCCUGGGCUGCUUCAGUUCCUGUUUUAAUGAACAGUUUUACGGACACACAGCUAUACCCAUGUGUUUACAUACUGUGCUGCAGCUGCUUUGGCAUUAGAACUGGCUGGGAGGAUUGAGACAAACGCCAUGGCACAGAUACCUAUGGUAUCUGCCACCUGUCCCCUUUCAGGGAAAACUGCCUGUCUGCCUGGCUCUCUCUCUCUGCGGACUUGUAUACUACCUGGCUACAGCACGGGCACAUGGGAAAGCCCUGCCAACACCUUUUAAGCAUGGUAAGGGUGACAAUUUAGCUGUACUGUGAAGACAUCAAUAGACAGAAUAUCCUUCCAACACUGAGCCAAACUGCUCUUCUUCACCAACAUACUACUGACCAUUCUGAACUUUAUGGUUCAGGGGUGUGGCCAUCUUGGGACACUUAAAUUAUCUCUUCCUUUAGACCUCUUAAACUAAACCAAGCCAAACAACAAAGGAAGCCUGUACAACUUAAACUUGAAAGGAAUAAUAUGCUACUACUACUAGUUUGUACUAAGUUUUUUUUCAAGAAAGGGAGUUAAGUUUAUAUAUAUAUAUGUGAUAUAUAUUUUUACACUAUUUUAUUAAUGUUAGGGAAUAUGGAGAAUAUCACUUUAUCAGUGUGAUGGAUAAUGUUGAUGUCAUGGGUGUUCUGACUCGGAAAGGCACUUAUGGGGACAUCUAAACCACACUUGCUCAGAAUGUCUGUCAGGUCAGGAUGGCCCUCCUGUCCCUCCUGUAGAGUGCAAGGCAUCUAGUCACCUGCUGGACAUAUCAUGGCCUGGCUCAUACUGCUUUAGUGAAACAGCUUGUGUCUAUCAACAUUUUGUUCAUUGUGUUUGCUGUUAUUAACAUUGUGUGUCAAGUUGGUAAAGUGAUGAAUAAAGGUGUUAAAAUGUG